CGCGGAGGUAGCCGGGAAAGGCUAACUUGGUUACGCCCACGCCCGCGGCUGGUCCCUGCUGAGCGUCCCUGUGGCGCAGUGCUGCAUGUUCAGGCAACGAUUGUGCGCUUCGCCACGGUCUCGUCCCUGCUUUCCAGUCUACGUUUCUUUCUCGAGGGAUUGUUGCCCUCCUUUGGCGUCGUGGUCUCUGCGGCUGGCGGUCCGGAAACUGCUGAAAGGAGACGGAUCUCACCUCUGCGGGGGCAAGCGGGAGGCGGCGCGUAGCCAGAGCAGAACUGUCAGAGGUCUCUGAGUGAUCGGAAGAGAUAUCCUGGAAACCACCCUUGCACUGUGUGGUGUUUGUUGAAAAAAUGUUUGGAAGAUUGACCUUUCUGCAACUGCUUUUUGCUAGCAUCCUUGGAAUUACUGGAGGAAUAUAUAUUUAUCAACCAAUAUUUGAACAGUAUUCCAGAGAUCAGAAGGAAUUAAAAGAAAAGUUGAAAUUGGUACAAGACUCAGAAGAGAAGAAAAGUUAAUACUACAUGGAGUCAAACUGUAAUUGCUUAAAGUUCCAUUGAAAUUAUACAUUGACUAUAAAUAAUCUAGUAAAAAGUUAUCAGGGCUUCCCUGGUGGCACAGUGGUUGAGAGUCCGCCUGCCGAUUCAGGGGACACGGGUUCGUGCCCCGGUCCGGGAAGAUCCCACAUGCCGCGGAGCGCCUGGGCCCGUGAGCCAUGGCCGCUGAGCCUGCGCGUCCGGAGCCUGUGCUCCGCAAUGGGAGAGGCCUGUGUACCGAAAAAAAAAAAAAAAGUUAUAAAAUAGAUUUUAAGUGUAAAUAAAUCAUAGAUAAUGAUUUAAAAUUAGUUUUAAAAAUAGCACUGUCAAUUUUAAUGUUUCCUGUAUUUUUAUUUGCCAUUUUAUGUCUUUUCACCAGGACAGAUUAGUACUUUCCUUUUAAGCAAAAAUGAAUGUCUUAAGGAAUAUUUUAUUUCCUAGUUGAAGCUUCUUUUUUCUGGGAAUGCAGCCUAUACAUUGGCAGUCUAGACUGUAUAAACUAGCUGGGAAUGUUGUUUACAGUUGUGUUUGUAGAUGAAAUUAACCAAGUUAACUUCAGGCAGGAUGCCCCAUUAGCCUGCUUUAAUAUAGUCUUUCAAUCCCAGCCCUUUCACAUCCCAGGCAGAAUGGAGGAGUAAAUUGAGAAUUGGGGUGGCUCAGAUCAAAUGGAGGUUUUUGAGAAGGUAGGUGGUGUCACAUAGGGUGGCAAACAUGCCACAGUUCUGUUUACUUAACCCACUAAGCAAAUUUGCAUUAUAAUGGUGGUCAGGGAGGAGUUAAUUUAUUAUGAAGUUAUUCACAUAGUUAAAGGGUUUUUUGGAAAUCACUAAGAACUGAUAUUUCUUUAACAAUGAAAGCUUAAAUGUAAUCACAUAUGUACAAAAUGCUUUAAAUCAACUCAUUUCUUAUUACUGAUUUUUUUGAAAAGUAAAUUCAUUGUAACUUAAUCUAAACUAUGUUGAGACCAGCAUAGGUAAUUAAAAAAAAAAGUAAAUAAAAAAUUACAGAGUAGUACAUGUUCACCUCAUUAAAAAAACCCAAACAAUACAGAAUGAACAAAGUGAAAAUUACUGUUUUUCAGUAUACAUUGAUUUAAUUAGCACCUUUAAUAGUUUGAGCUUUUGAGGCUGUUUUUCUUCUAUGCACACUGAAAAAUAUAUGUAAAUUUAAAACACAUACCAAGUAUCUACUGUGUGACAGGCUUGGCUUGUCUGUCGGUAGACUGGAGUUCUGGUCUGUGUGUCUUCUCAUUGUGGGCCCCAGGCUCAAGGAGUAGCCCCUGUCUGGGAUAUGACAGAGUUUAGGAUUAAGAGAGAGAGAGACUGAAAGGAAACAUGAAUUGUAAAUAUCUCCUCAGAGUCUGCUGGUUUAGACCAUGUCACAAGGUCCUGCCCAAAGGUGAGGCCAGGGACAAAGACUCUUCCCACAGGAUACACAGUCAAGUGUAUUCCUGCCUGUGACCAUAGGCAAGAAUAUAUAAUCCUGUUAUCCAAGGAAUGAUAAUCCUAUUUAACAUCAUGUGAAAUUGAACUGCUUUUGAUCCUCCUUUUGAGAAGGAUGGGUUUGUCAGUUUGGUAGUCACAUACCAAGUGCCAGAGAAUGAGUUGUUUUUUGUUUUUUCCAGUAAAGGUACUGCAACCAUUCAAAUCAAAGCCACAGUGAGAUGCCGCGUCACAUACACUAGGAUGAGUACAGUCAAAAAGGGGAAAUAAUGAGUGUUGACAAGGAUGUGGAGAAGUUGAAACCCUCAUAUAUUGCUGGUGAGGAUAUAAAACAGUGCAGCUGCUGUGAAACAGUUUGGAAGUUCCUCAAGAUAAACAUAGUGAUACCAUAUGACCCAGCAAUUUUGCUUUUAGACUUAUGUCCCAUAGUAGUGAAAACAUAUGUCUACACAAAAAUUUGUAAAUGAAUGCUCAUAGAAUCAUUAUUAUAAUAGCCAAAAAGUGAAAAUAACCCAAAUGUCUCAGCCAGUGAAUGGAUAAACAUGUUGUGGUAUAUCCACACUAUGGAAUAUUACUCAGCUAUAACAAGGAAUGAAAUACUGAUAUGUGCUACAACAUGAAUAAACUUUGAAAACAUGAAAGAAGCUGAGCACAAGAGGCCAUAUAUUGUAUGAUUCUAUACGAUGUGUCCAGAAUAGGCAAAUGUGUAGAAACAAAGUGUACUAGUAGUUCCCAGGGACUAAGGGGAAGGAGGGAUAGGGAGUGACUGCUAAUGGAUAUAGGGUUACUUUUUAGGAUGAUGAAAAUAUUUUGGAACUAGAUAGUGGUGAUCAAUGACAGCUUUGUGAAUAUAUUAAAAACCACUGAAUUGUACACUUUAAAGCUUUAUUGUGUGGGAUUAUAUCUCAACAAAACCGUCAGAGAAAAAAAAAACACUGCAUCCAGAAUAGCAGCUGCAGUUGAGGUAGUCCAUUUUUUCCUGCCGUAAUCCAUCUAGUAUGUGUGUGUGGUGUAGAAUAUACCUAACAUAAAAUUUACUGUUUUUACCAUUUUUAAGUGUACAUUUCAGUGGCAUGAAAUAUAUUCACAUUGUUAUGUGACCACCAUCACCAUCUGUCCCUAGAACUUUUUCUGUUUAGUUUUUGCAGGGCACAGAGAGGUGAAUUGAAUGGUGAUAUAGAGAGAACCCACCCCCAUAUACUUCAUAUCUUUUUUUUUUUUUUUUUUUUUUGCGGUACACGGGCCUCUCACCAUUGUGGGCUCUCCCACUGCGGAGCGCAGGC